AUGUAUCCGGCUAACUUUUCAUGCAUAGAUGGGUUUCUGACCCUAGUGAAUGGGUCACCAUUCAAUUGGACACUGGCUGGCCAACAUUCUUACCAGAUGGAUACAUGGAGUUGGCCUAGUGUGAGUGCAGGAGCGGCUGCAAAAGUCCAUGUUGAAUUUGGUGGAAGAGGACACACUCAAGAUGAUGCCGGAGAAGCAUACUACAGUAUCGACGGAACCUCGAACAAAUUCACGGUGUUGGCGCGAAAGCAAUCCGACUUUCAGCUUACCAUAUCACUAGACGGCAUGUCGACGGAGCAAAGCCCAGAGAAAUCAGACAUUCAGCUUGGAUUCCGACACGAUGCAGCAGUGAAUUGGAUUCUGUCUAGCGAUGAAGCCGGGAACUUCUGGUCCAACAGUGCAUCAUACGCGGGCUGGAUGCAGCAGAGUAUGGGAUCGCUGGCAAACCGAACACUCAGACACAUCUGCAUGCCUGGCAGCCAUGAUGCAGGCAUGACUACUUUUCAAAUAGGCACCGUCGGCGCAAAUUUUCCAAACACACAAACGCAGUACCUCAAUUUCUACCAGCAGCUCCUAGCCGGGUCGCGCUACUUUGACCUGCGGCCUGUGAUUUCCCGAGGCAAGUGGGUAGCCGGUCACUACAGCAAGGUGGGCAAUAUCUGGGUGGGCGGUAACGGCGAGGACCUCAGUACCAUUAUCCAACAAGUCAACGACUUUACGGCAAAGUACAAGGAACUCGUCAUCAUCAACAUCAGCCACUCAAUUGACACGGACAAGGACUACAAGGACCUUAGCCAAGCCCAGUGGAACGACCUCUUCACCACACUGACAAAACUCAACUACCGCUUCACCAUCAACAACCCCAGCACCACGGAUCUCUCACGGUACAAGCUCGCCGACUUCAUCACUGACCGAGCCUCUAUCCUGCUCAUCGUCGAGCUGCCUCGAGACAUCACGCUUGGCGCAUUCGCAAACCAGGGCAUCUACACCAGCGCAAACUUUCCCACGUACAACGCGUACAGCAAAACCAACAACCUAGCGACCAUGCAGCAAGACCAGCUUGCCAAACUGCGCGCUCAACGCAAAAUCGUCGGGAAUGCGGGCGCGCGAAAAGGCGUGUUUCACGUUUUUUCGUGGACGCUGACGCAGGACGUGAAUGAUGUGCUGAAUUAUGAUAGGGCAAUCAUGAACAUGGCCACCGACGCCUUUGACGCGCUCAUUAGCAACGCUUGGCCUGCCUUUACGCCGCAGAGCUUCCCCAACGUGCUGUAUGUAGAUAGUCUGGGCGUGCGCGACAAGAGCGUCGCUUUCCCCUUUCUCGAACCCAAAAAGAACUUGCCGGUUAAUGUUGAUAUUGCGGCUUUUGCGGUCGCGGUGAAUAAUGCGGUUGCGGGUAGGAAUGCGUAUGUGUUGGGUAUGUGA